UGGCUUGUAGCCCUGAAACGUUCUCGGAAAAGCGUGCGAAAGCGUGCGAAAAGCGUGGCACGGAGCCACCAGCACGAGCCAACCAGGAUGAGAUGGUCGCCAUAAGGAUGUUGAGGUGGCUGACCCUAUGCCUCAGCUUUUUGGACGCCCUCGCAUGGGGCCCGGCCGGCCACGAGCGUUUGAACGACGUGGCACAGCGCUUACUUCAUGGUAAACACCGUGAUCAGAUCCGCACCAUGAUGCACUCCGAUGUCGUGAACAUCGCCAACUGGGAGAGCGUGAUGACCAAGAAAUAUCCCGAGACUGGUGUGCUACAUUGGCAUCAUCAGAAACCCGAGUGGACCUGUGGGCAGCGAGACGCACAGAAGACCGACCACAUCCGCUGCGACGGGCAUGGCGCCGAGAAUGGGUCUUUGUUCUGUGGUCUUGCCUUCUUUUUUGAACACUUUGCUGAUGAGAUGUUAUUGAAGGAGUAUCCAGCGCCAAAGACGCCAAUCGAUACUCCAAGGACCAUCAAGGUGUUUGCUAAGGUCAAUGUUGAUGAUCUUGGAGAUGAAACCCAUCGUACGAAGCAAAGGGCUGCCUUUUACUUGAGGUGGCUCGGAACUCUGCUGGGCGACCUGCACCAACCGCUCCAUUGGUUGGCUGAAAAGAACUUCGGCGAAGAGGUGAAGAUCAGCUUUCGUGGCGGAGACUAUACCUUGCUUCAAUUUUGGGAGGAAUACCUUCCCAAACAGCUACCGGAGCUGCCCAUGAUCUCCAUCUUGGACUUGGAAUACAAAGCCCAGUACCACGAGUGGGGUCAUCGCUCACCCCCUGAGCUCUUUCGGCAAUGGGGUGGCGAAAUGUCAGACAAGGUGUGCAACGAGAUCUAUGGCCCCAUGUACGUGAACCACGGCGAUGGGAGUCGCAGUAUCGAUUCGCCUUUUGUGCUCACUGAGGAGCUGUUCUCAAAGUGGCUGAAAUUGGCGGAGCUGGUGAUUCAGGAGGGAGGCGAGCGACUAGCGCUAGUCUUCCUGGAUAUCAUCGAGCAUCGGCGACAUAAGGCAGCCAAAGAUGAAGGUCGGGGCUUGCUGCCACCCCUGUUGGAUAAAAUUCCCGCAGCGAGCGUCGCUGCAACAGUAGGAGGCGCCGGAACGCCCUACACGGUGCCCGCGCCAGCGGCAGAGGGUGGAUCCUCCAAGAGCGCGUCUAGCGCGGCGGCGCAGAUCAGGAUGCUUCACGGUCUCCACAGGGCGCGGAGGAAAAGAGCUUGGAGGAAUCUGAUGACAAACUUUUUUAUUGCAGCUAUAGUUGUGCCUCUCUUGUUAUUUGGCUUACACGCUCACAGCAGGUCGCCUGGAAAUAUUCUGAGUUUCAUGCAGAAGAACCAUUUGAGACUGAACUGAAGCUCCCAGAAUUGGUUGUUUCAGAUACCAUGACAUUGGUCUGAAC